AUGGGAGCACUGAGCGAUGGUGUCCUUCUGGGUGAGCCUGGUAAAAGGGGACCCAGUGGUUUUCUUGGAUAUCCCGGACCAGCUGGACCUAUUGGACCCAAGGGGGAGCCUGGUCUGCGUGGUGAGGUUGGAUUACCUGGACCUGCAGGAAAAGGGAUUGCAGGACCAAAGGGUGAUCGGGGGCUGCCCGGGCCACAAGGUCCUAUUGGGGACCCAGGAGUUGGCUUAACGGGACCCAAGGGACAUCGUGGAGAUCCUGGAUUACCUGGACCAGCUGGAGCCAAAGGGGAUGGUUAUCCUGGCCCUCAGGGUGUAGCAGGGCUGCCAGGUCCACGUGGUGAUCCAGGAAAUGAUGGCAGAGGAUUUCCCGGACCAAAGGGUGAAACUGGCCCUCCAGGAUCACCAGGCCCAGUUGGAAUUCCAGGAAAAGGAUAUCCUGGUGAAAAGGGCUCGAUUGGAAGGAUUGGUUUACCUGGCCCAAAGGGGCCCCAAGGAAAUAGCAUACAAGGACCAAAGGGAGAACCAGGAUCUCCUGGUUUGAUGGGUCCUAGAGGGCCAGCAGGUGAAGGUAUACCAGGACGAAAGGGAGAUCGUGGAUAUAAAGGAGAAAGAGGGAGUAAAGGAAACAAAGGUGAUGAAGGAAUCCCUGGCAUUGAUGGCGAUCCAGGAAAGAAGGGUGAGAAGGGUGAACCAGGUUUCACAAGAGAGGAAGUAAUCAGGUUGAUUAGAAUGAUCUGUGGGUGUGGAAGGAAAUGCAAAGAGAAACCUCUUGAACUGGUGUUUGUGAUAGACAGCUCUGAAAGCGUUGGGCCUGAAAACUUUGAAAUUAUUAAAGAGUUUGUCCGUGCUCUGAUCGACCGAGUUACUGGCAACAGAGAAGCUAUCCGGAUCGGUGUGAUAGUUUACAGCCUUGAAGCUCAAGUAAUCAUUCACUUACGGCAAGGCAUGAAUCUGGAGAAAGCCAAAACAUUAAUUCAUGACAUGCAGUACUUAGGAGAAGGCACCUACACUGGAACUGCCAUAAAGACGGCAAAUCAAGUUUUCAAGUUCGCUAGGAAAGAAGCACGCAAGGUUGCAAUAGUAAUAACUGAUGGACAGACGGACAUGAGAGAUCCAACAAAUCUGGAAACAGCAGUGAAAGAAGCCCAUUCUGUACACACAGAGGUGUUUACAGUUGGGAUAGCCAAUACAACAGAUCCUUUCUACUCUAAUUUUAAGAAAGAAAUUAACCUGAUUGCAUCUGACCCUGACGAGGAAUAUGUUUAUCUCAUUGAUGACUUUUUGACUCUUUCCACUCUUGAAAGUAAACUGUUUGUCAGGAUCUGUGAGCCAGAGAAUGAUGCACUGUUCAGUUCAGUUACUAGCUCCAUGCUUCCUCCUGGUGUAUCACGGGCCUUCAGUCCAGUUUAUCCAACACCAGCCUAUGACAACCUACACUUCAACAUCGUGCAUGAGGAUGACCUAUACAUCACAGAGCGCAGCUCUCCAGGAAUUAGCACAAACAAACCAGAGACAAAUGGCAGUGAAGAAUUGCUUAUGAGUCAUGAAGAAACACUUCCACUUCCAAGACCACAGGGACCAUUUGGAAUGCCUGGAGAAGGACCUGGACCUACUGACCAAGGUGCACUGCAAAAGUCAAGUCCUUCUACUGUUCCACCAAUAUUCACUACAGCAAGCGUGCUGGAGGAGGCAGUUCGCAAAGAUCCAGCCUGUGAUGAACCCCUUGAUCAAGGGCCAUGCAGGAGUUAUGUUAUUAAGUGGUACUAUGAUACUGCAGCUGAUUCAUGUGCACAGUUCUGGUACGGAGGAUGCGGAGGAAAUCAGAAUCUCUUUCAGACUCAGGAUGAAUGCCACAGCAAAUGCUUAAAGUUUACAAAGCAAGCCCUUCAGUCUUAG